GCCAGGAUGGCGGUCACCCCUAGACGCGUCCGCCUCAAGCCGUGGCUGGUGGCCCAGGUGGACAGCGCUCGGUACCCGGGUCUGGWUUGGGUCGACAGGGAGGCCUUGCGCUUCAGGAUCCCCUGGAAACACGCCACUAGACACACACCCCAACACGAGGACGAGGACACCAUAUUUAAGGCGUGGGCUGUGGAGACCGGGAAGUUUCAGGAGGGAGUUGAUGAACCUGAUCCCGCCAAGUGGAAAGCUCAGCUUCGGUGCGCCCUGAACAAAAGCCGUGAAUUCAAACUGGUCUAUGACGGCACCAAGGAAGUCCCCAUGAAUCCCUUAAAGGUGUACGAUGUCUGCGACAUCCCACAACCCAACAGUAACCAAA